CCGGUGAAUAUCCUCGUACAAGUCUACGUAAUUAAUUAACUGUCCAGACGAGACAUUUACUGCGGACAAUGAGGACUUCACGGCCGAUUAAGGUGGUCACGGAUAAUUCCCUGUGUGUGCUCCCUAUGGGAACCUCUUGGGUGGAUUUACCCGCGUCUUAGCCGUUCCACACACUAAUACCUCUGAGUACAUGUGUAUAGGGGCAGCGUUGCAGUGUGUAUAUAUAAAUUCGGCCGUUUGGACAAUUGGAUAGAUUUUUAAACUGGUCUUGUUGGGAGACGUAACCCUUGUGACUUUUUGUCCAUAACAGGUUGGAUAUACAUGUUUGUAAUUUUAGUAUUGAUUUCUAGAAUCAAUCGACUGGAAAGUUUGUAGUGUCAACUCUUACUAUAGAGUCUAUUGGUAAGAUACAGUGCAGACGCCUAUAACCCAUCACGGGAGUCGCUGAUAUAUUACAUAUCUAAUGCGUUUACGAUUUGACUUGGAAUAUCGCCCUCGUGUGAUUUAAACAUAGGAGCCGUUUGCUUGUUUAUGAAAGACGUUUGUGCCUUUUUAACACAGUUUGAAAGGAAAAUCGUUUGCAACAUCUGGAGUGUAUCAUACUCAUCAGUCAAGAAGGACAACUGCUAACAACAAAACAACGUGUAAAGUUAUAAUUACAUAACAACGGAAGCGGAUUUAUAAUCGUCAAUUUUGUGAACUUUUUUGUGCCUGUUUAAUCAAGAUUUAGUGUGCUGCAGGGUUUUGGAAGGUGUGAUAGUAAUAUUUCCUAUUCUGUUGUUUUUGUAAUAUGGAGCAUCGUUCUGUGGAUUUUACGUAACCUCAACCUGCUACCAUUGAGGAUUAUACGAAAAGAAUUGCUAAACGGAAAGAAUUGCUUGAGGCGUGUUGAGCAAAUACUUCUAGCUGACUUUCUACCGAGUGAUUAGUGAAUGGAGUUAGACAGACAUUCUCCACUACUUCUAAAGGCCUAUCUAUGGUGAAGAGUGAGAGAGCUACACCCAAUCACGUAGAUGUAGGAGCUAGUGGACUUACCGAAUGCGGACACUGCGACCGAGUAUGGGCUAUGGUACCUCAGGGUGGACAAAGCGUUUGCCCUGCGUACUCAACCUCACCUUACUAUGUUUGCUGUGUGCCGCAGUUGAAACCAAUGCUGAGUACUAUGAGUGGUAUACAGGAACAUGGAGUGAAUGUUACAGGUUAGGAUGUGGCCCAGGAGGGGAGACAACUCGGCCAGUCACCUGCAAGCUGGUUAGCUCCAAUGGCGUCAUCACCACUACUCAUGAGUCAAACUGCGGCCACCUGCGGAAGCCACCAGAGCGACAAGAAUGCUUCAAGGUGUGCCGCGAGCACCGCUACGAGGUCAGAUGGGCAUGGACCCCAUGGGAGCAGUGCAAAUUGGAGCCAGGGGUCAAAGUCUGCGCCAAGGGGCGGGGCAUUUCAUACCGCAAUGUGUCUUGUGUGUGGAAGGAAAAUGGAAAGCUUGAAAAAGAUUCUGUGUGUUUAUCAUUUGAGGAAAAACCUCCAACAAAAAAGCGAUGUGAGCUUCGUUGUGAACAGAACUGUGUAGUGACAGAGUUCAGUCCGUGGACCAGCUGUGAUCAAUGUAGAGUUUUAAACAAAACACGGACGCGGACUAUUCUGGUGCCAGAUUCUAAUAGUGGCCAGAUGUGUCCACCUUUCUCUGAAUUAAUGCCUUGUAAUAACUGUUCUCAGAUGUUCUUCUUGUCGGUGGACGCUUGGACACCAUGUGUGCCAUUCUCGUUCGCCGGUUCCGAUCAAAAUCCAAACAACCCUGUGAUAGGUCACCAAACACGCAAAAUUAAAUGUGUCAACACAUAUGGAGCACUUGUCGACUCGACAUAUUGCCGUGACCGCUUGAAUCUCCGGGAGCCCAUUGUAGAUCAUCAAGCUUGCAUCAUUCCUAAGAGUUGCAUUGUGUCGGAGUGGUCUUCCUGGGACCGUAUCAACAGCAGCUGUAUAGACAGUACGGGUAUGAAGAGGGUCGGUUUAAUCCAACGCUCACGUCGUGUCAUUCAACUUCCUGUUGGAACGGGAACAGCAUGUCCAGCUCUCGAAGAAGUCACACAAGUUCAGGGAACUGCUCAGCGAAAAUGUUCGAGAACAAAAUGGAUCGUAUCUGGAUGGUCAAGUUGUCAACCUGUGAAUGGCCUGAAGCAGUGUAGUACAGGGCUACAGCAUAGGAAAGCAAUUUGUGUGGAGGAAAAUCAUGAUGGUCGACAGAAACCAGUGGAUGACAACAAGUGUCUAGAUGACAGACCGCUGACGUCACAAACGUGUCGAGCCGACUGUCACUGGGACUGCACAGUGUCGCUAUGGUCAAUGUGGUCGGACUGUAAGGUGACCGAUUGUGAGCAGUACGCUCGGAAAAGGCGUGCAAACCUCAACACAGGACAACGGUACCGUACGCGUGAGACAUUGACCCUCCCUGGAUCUGGAGGUCAGCCCUGUCCACACCUGAGCGAGACCCAGAACUGUGACCCCGAGCCAUGCUACAACUGGAAAGUGGUCACAAACCCCUGUAUUCUCCGCAACAACAAUAUGGGCGAGUCCUGUGGGGUGGGCAUCGGUCACCGCACCCUUGCUUGUCUCAACAAGUACAAGAUCCGUGUGUCUGACAGCCUGUGUCUAGAAUUCCGUGAGCGCCCAGAGACCCAAGUCCAAUGUGUGAUACCGUGUCCCAAUGAUUGUGUGGUGUCCGACUGGGGGAUCUGGUCCGAGUGUCCAGACCGAUGUCAGACAGGAAAUCUUCGAGAACGGUCUAUCAAACGACGGAAACGGACUAUCCUCGCAAGGCCAUUUUCAGGAGGUGGUGAGUGUCCGAACCCUAGGGAGCUAGAGGAGACUGCAGACUGCUCCACCCUGAUCGAGUGUGCCUUGUUUAUGUGGCAGGCUGACCCCUGGGGCACGUGUCAGUUAGAGGAUCUGACCCGACCAUGUGGGCGUGGCACACAGACUCGUAGCGUCAAGUGUUAUGACUCUGAGGGAAAACUAGAAUCAGAGGAAAAGUGUACGGAUAAGGUAAAGCCAGUAGCUCAGAAAGUGUGCACAGUACCUUGUCCCCAAGACUGCAUUGUUACCGAGUAUUCUGAUUGGUCGGGGUGUUCUGCUAACUGUUGGGAAGCCGGUGAAAAUGUCCCCACAAGGACAAGGAAACGCUUUAUCCUACAGAACCCUGACAACAAUGGUUCCCCUUGUCCAGAGAUGCUGGAGGAGACCCAGCGCUGCCUCAGUCUGCCUCUGUGUAACCAGUUCAGCUGGAUGAAGACCAACUGGAGCACCUGUAUGCUACCCCCUGUUGUCAGGGGCUGUGGCAAGGGGAUCCGUACCAGGAAUGUAACAUGUAGAAGUGAGAACAGUACGAGACAGGCUAUUGACGUGUGUCUGAGGUAUGCUGGCGCCAUGCCCCCCAUGUACAGUACGUGUUAUGUAUCAUGUGAGGAGGACUGUCUAUUCACCGACUGGGCAGACUGGAGCAUUUGUGUACAAGGAUGUAACGGCAAACAGUUCCGAGAUCGUCGGCCAAUCAAAGGUUCCAAGUCGAUGCCCUUGAGAUGUUCUGACAAGCUAUUGUACCCUAUGUAUGAGCACCGGCCCUGUUACUGUAAAACCCUGGAGCGUAUCAUCAUAGGUGACUGGUCUCAGUGUAUCCUCGACCCGCCCAACAGACACGACCUUAUGAUGACCCACUUAUCAGGUCAUCGGGGCAUCCGAUUGGCUCGUAAUUACACCAAUCUUGAAAUGGGAAAUAGUUGUGGGGCUGGACGGAAAUUCAAGGUGGUAGCUUGUCGGAAUGCAAUGAAUGCUAUGGAAUCGGCUGACAAGUGUACGCUCAACGGCAAAGACAUGAAGGAGAAAGCAUGCAGGAUCCCUUGUCCAGUGGACUGUAAAAUGUCUCCAUGGAGCACAUGGAGUCUUUGUCCCACAAAGUGUGGUGCUGGUGUCCAACAACGCUUCCGAAACAAUAUGAAGCUGCCAUCCCCCGGAGGACGUCGGUGCCCCUCCCUCGACAGCACAUCAGAUGAGGAGAUCCAGACUCGCCUGUGCCAUCCUGAGUGUGUCCAGUACACUUGGAAGUCCUCGGACUGGGACAUGUGUAUGCCACCGGUCGGGGAAAGGUGUGGAGAUGGACAACAGAACAGACAUGUCAGUUGUAAUGCUGUAAAUAUCAAUGGUGUUAUGACGGAGCGCGUAGAUGAUGAAAACUGUGCUGGCCUUCCAGAACCACGAAGUACCCGCUCUUGUUACCUCCCCUGUCCUGGCGACUGUGUGCUUAGCGAAUGGGUGGAAUGGUCACAAUGCCAACAGCCAUGCAACCAUAACCAAAUGCAGUCACGUGACAGAAGGAUUAUGCGUGAAUCAGCAACGUACUCAGAGUACCAGAGCACCUGUCCCCCUCUGAGAGAGUCACGGCCCUGUAUAAGGGGAGAGAACUGUAUUGAGUACUCGUGGGAGCUAGCCCAGUGGACAACCUGUCUGGUCAACAAUGGUCUGGAUGACUGUGGUGUCGGACAUAAAGAACGCUAUGCCAUCUGUAAAAAUCACUUUGGACGUGUCGUGGAUAACAAGCUCUGUAAAGAAGUACACGGCCAGGUGACGGAGCCUCUAGUGGUGUCGUGUGAGAUACCUUGUGAUGUGGACUGCCUCCUCUCUGACUGGUCACCAUGGAGCUCAUGUAGUAAAGGUUGUGGACUUGGAACCAAGAAGAGAAGCCGUUCCAUCGUCCAACAGUAUAUUGGUAAUGGACGCCCUUGUCCAACGAUCCUCUCUCAGGCAAUGCACUGCUUCUCCCAGGGCUGUUACAAAUGGCAGAUCUCCAGAUGGUCUGAAUGUUCAACACAGCUUGGUGUGUGUGGCCACGGAGUGCAGGCAAGGAAUAUCACGUGUCGUAGUGACAACGGACUGGUAGUAGACUCCUCUCAUUGUCCACGUGACCUCACCACCAUCGUGUCACAGAAAACGAGGCCAUGUCAUGUUCCUUGUCCAGGAGAGUGUGUGGUCACUGAGUGGUCAAACUGGAGCCAGUGCUAUAUUCCCUGUCACGACUUUGAAAUGGGAUACACAGAGGGAGUUCGGAGCAGGUCUCGAUCAAUACUGGCCUACCCUGGUCCAAAGAAGGAGAAAUGCCCUGAUCAGUUGUGGACGAGUGAGUCCUGUUUUGCUGACACCUGCUCUGUGUUUCGUUGGAUGAGCACCCCUUGGGAAGGGGAUUAUCGCAACGUCUGGUGUGAACGCUCUGACGGACUACAUGUCUAUGGUGGCUGUGAUCCUAAUUUACGUCCCCACAACCUGCUGCUAUGUUCCCCAGUAUGCAACCAGGAUAACGCCUAUUGCAAUGACACAAAUUACUGUGCUUGUAAAGACGGAUAUAUUGCUUACUACAAGGGGGAGUCACUCUUUGGAUGUUUCAUGGACAACCAGACAAUGGUAGGAGGUCAAUCCUCUGAUGACAAACCAGUUAAGAAAAAGGAAGAAGAAGGACAACUAAAUAUCUGGACUUAUGCUGUCAUCGCUGUGGGCACAAUAUUUGUGAUAUUUGUCACAGUUGCCCUCUACAACAUGAGUGAUUUCUUGCACUACGGCCCUCGCCCCCGGAAUCAAGGCAGUCUAGACAGACUAGACAGUGCCAGUAAUACCGGCUCGACUUCCCGAAACAACCCGGAUGGGCUCACAACUCCAGAUAACUGCAGUGUUUGUAAAUCAAUCCCUUCUCCAAUAGACACCUUGCCAAACGAUCGAAUGAUGGAGACAAAGUGCAACAUGAGUUCAGAGUGUGAGGAAGGACAGGGCUAACAUGAAAAGAAUGAUGAUGAAAAGGUGUAGCUCUAUGGAAUCCAUGGGUGUCGUCAUUGGUAACAACGGUAACCAAGACAACGCUACCGACACAUCCAGCUGCCAGAAGACCACAGCGGUCGUUACCACUGUGUACGUGCCAGCGGAAAAGUGUGCCGAACUUUGACCUCAUACCUUUUGUUGGUCAUUGGUUGCUAUAGUAACCAUAAAAUGUGUCCCUAGCGCACAGGGUUUGGUCAAUGGCGCAAAGCACGUUUUGUAAUGGUCGGUCAGGAGACGAUAAAGAACAUGUAGUGUGUAUUUGUUGUAAUCUCAGAAAGAACAGACAUAUUUAUCGUACAGCGAGAUUAACGUGCGUAGGCCUCAGACGAAUGAUGCGAUAUUCGUUAAAAUUGUUGUACUAAUAGGUAAUGUGACGCCAUUAGCAUUAAAUCUCAAUUUCUGACAAAAAAAUCGACUACAUACGAAAUAUUCUCGUAUAAACAAAAUAUUGUCAAAAAGAGUAUUGGAUAAAAUUGGCCGGCCGAUUUGCUGAAUUCCUAGGAUUUUUGUUAAGGACAGUUUCAUACCAUGUAAGCCUUCAUUAUGCAUUAAAUUCUCCAGUCACAAACCGAAUGCCGCAAAUGUUACUGUACAUUUAAACUGUGUGUAAUUUGUAUUUAUAAGCGUCUGAAAAAGCUCAUUUUUUAACAAAAAACAGUGUACCCUGUUACAGUUAAUACCAGCUAAGAUAUGUGAGAAACGUUGACAAUUUCUAUGAUAUAUCUUACUUUUUCAACCGAUAAACAGCUAGUUGUCACAUGACCUAGCCGUCUAUCACGCGACCUACAUUUCAAUAGGUUGCGAUAAGGUACCGUGCAUUUUUUUUGUUAAUAAUAUAUCGUUUGUUUGUCACUAUGUGUAAACUCACUUGUUUUCUUAUAACACUCCUUUUAAUGAAAAGUGGUUUUUUUAUUUGAAAAUGUUUAAAUGCAGAACAGUGAUAUUUUGUAUAUAAAGUUUACUUUUCAAAAUGACUUUGCUUCUUUGAUGAAUGCUUUCGUAGUAGCCGGGGUAAGGUCGCAGGAUCAAAGCAAGAAAUACACCCAUUUACAGCUUGUAAAUACAGUAUUUUAACCCUUCUGAUGGUAAAUAUAACACACAUUUCAUAGUUAAAAUAUCACACGAUCUAAUAGUUCAAUAGAAAUAAAAGUUUCACAUAUACACGUUUAAUCACUUUCCUUUGCUGUAUACUACUAACAUUAAAAAAAAUACGUAACACAUACAAAACAUCUACCUCUUCUACAUUAUGAGUGUUAUCAGAUAGCACAAAGUAUGUAUUGCAGGUUAAAUAUUACCAUCAACUUCUGGUAGUUCUAUGAUCUACACAAAUAAGAAAAACUUGACAAACUUUUGCCUGCAGGAUCAGCUGUAAUGAAUCUGCUAUAAUAAUGAUAUGAAAUAUUUUCUAGCUUAAACGGUCACACCUGAAAAUACGAAAUGCGAUCACUUAAAAAUGAAAGUGGAUUAACCAGUGUAUAGACGAGUUUUGCUACAAAUCACCACAGUUUAUAUUCCUAUUUUAAAAACAAAAAUACGUUUAUCGUCCUCAAUAAUUUACUCAAUCAAAAUAUUAUAUAAAGAGGUACGUCUGGUCUCUCGGCCGCAUUGUCCAAACCACUAAGACAAAACCCCUGUAAAAUAGUUAGGACAUGGACCCAUUUACACGUGACAUGAUACAACCUGCGGCCUUCAUUACUUGUAAAAGAAAACCAGAUAAAAAAAGUUCUCACGAAUCAGGCGGCCACGCUCCUGGUAUAAGAUGAAAUGCUAGGCAAUCCCUUUUUGACACACUUUUUUAAAGAUCGAGUAUCCAUAUUAUUUAUUGAUAUAAGGUAUAACUAGGUAUAAUAUGUGUACAUAUUAUUGUCUUUUAUCUAACGAUUUAUAUGAAGUGUCCUUUUUAUCUACAUGCUGAUUAAAUUAAUUACAAUAAUCUUACACAUUUUAUCAGAACUUAUAGAGCAUUGCUGUAAUCUAUAUUUUGGGUUACAGUUGUAUUUGUAUUAACCACAUGAUCAGGAGAGGCGCACUGAUAUCCGUUUUGUUACUGUUUACAGAUAUUAUCUUUAUCAUUAUUGUAAAUAAAAGUUUUGUUGAGUUUGUUUUGAUUUAACGAUUUUAACAUUAAAGAUGUGUGCCCCUAUGUAAAAUUGAAUUACCUCAGAAAUGCGACCAUUAUUCUAUAAUGUUCCUGGCGAAGCGGUAAAUACCUGAUUUACUUAACGUUGGUAAGAUUGACUUUUGAUAAUUUGAAAAAUCUGAAGGUUCUAUUGGAACCGUGCCAAUCUUUACGGGACGUAUAUUCAGCUGGCGUUAAGCUUGUGAAGCUGUGAAAACAUAAAGGCUACUUUCCAUAAAUGGUGAUUUCGGAAGCCGAAAUUUUGUAAACGCCAUGGCCAGUUGUCGGGUUAUUUACCGUUAAAGCUAAGUUGUAAAUAAUUAUGUUAAUGUAUUGUGAUAUUUUUUCCGAAUCCCUUUUUCCAUUUGCAACCUUUUUCAAACAGUGACUGUCCGUUAGUGGAAUCGAUAAUCGCUUUUCUUCCAUGUAUGUUGACUGUAUUACGUGUCCGCUAUUAUUUUGGAUCGUCUUUCAUAAGCUGGGUAUUUUAGGAGGAGAACAGUGUGACGACGCGUUGAUGACGUAAUAUUCAUACUCAAAUCUAUUUAUUAUAAAAUCACAAAACUGUUUGCAAAACAAUAAUUGAAACAUCAGAAGGUGUGUUUUGAAACAACGGAAAAUGUGUUUUUCUGAAGAUAGUAAUUAUCCAGUAAUAUUCAGUUGUAUGUAUUCAGCUUUUUGCAAUAUAACUUAAUUAUAUUGGAUAAAUAGCUGUACAGACUGGCACUAGUUGUCAUAUUCAAAUAUUACUUAACAUAAUCUGUUUGUUAAUGUAAUUUUAUGAUAAAUAUAUAAACCACAAAUACCAUUACUGUAAACUUGUAACUAAGGUAAUGGGAAUCAGGUCUCUGGUUCAUGAAUGUAACUUAAGUGUUUCCAUCGGAAACUUGUUGAAGCGAAGGAAAGUAACAGACAAAUGCCCCCACUUAAAGACUUUUCUUCAACUUUUUAAUAUAACAACCGCAGUGACCAGGCGAUGUUUCACAUCCUGAGUUCAUUCACCAUUACUAAAGACAAACGUAUUUCUGAACACAGAAGGUUUUUAACAGGAUUUUGUGGGUAAGCAACCAUCCAGUCACGAACAUACAGUGCCUUUUUCUUAUGGAGUAUAUGUAUAGUAAAUAACCAACUAAAACACUGAAGUGUUAAUUAAACCAUGUUUUAUCCAAGCGAACGCAUCCCAUAAAAAAAACAGAAAAUAGCAACACUAUUCCCGUUCCGUAUCGGUUAUGGGAAUGGCUAAAUAUGAAACCUUUUACUUAUACCCAGCUACCAUUCCUAAUGUAUUCAACGUUACCUUGUAUAAGUCGUGGGUUAGUGUUGUAUGAUUGAUAACAUUAUCGUUGCAUCGUAGAAUGUCUUUUGUGUUUGUAUAUCCAGAUUUCGCAUUGCAAUAUGAUGUACAUUUCAAAUUUAUUAAAUAACAUCUUAACCCUCAGAAUACGUCAUCAUUCAGUUUCCCAAACACCUAUGUUUUAAAAAGUGGUAAUGGUGAUAAAGUGUGUGGCGUAUCUGUCUUGCUGUUAGUGUUUCAAUCUCACAUCUCACAGGUUUGGUGGAAACACUUCAAUCCUUAACACAUAACAUUUGAAAGGACAUUGUAUUUGUUUCAUUAUAAUUCAUUUUGGUUAUCAUAUAUCACGUUUUGCUGAAAAUUUGAUCUAAGAACAAUAUAUUCGUUGCAGUAUAGAACAUCAGAUCAUUUCCAUCGUUUCCUCAGCGCCUCAUCUGAUCUACAUCCCCUUGCUGUUCCACAUCGGUUACGUAUAGUUCGUUACGUCACCUUAAUGAUCAUUGUUUAUUCAAUUAGGAUUGUCACUGAAUUACAUAUGUAUGUUUGUAAAUCAAUAAAAGUAUUUAAAUUACUAAAUGUAUUUAUCUCAAUGUAAGCAUUUUACAUCUUUGUAUAAAAUGUGUCCUGUUCAUUUCACAAUGUACAGCUUUGCAUAUCAUGAAUUGAAUUCCCAUUUAUUUUCCUCUUGCAAAGCAAAUGAUAUUUUCCCAUCCAUACCCGUUCGUUAAUAAACUGUUCUAAAUAUUUGAGGUGGAUUAUUAUUUUAUGUUACCAAUUUGAUGCUUUGACUCCUGUAAGUUUUAAUAUAAACAUAUUGUCUAUUUCUUCAUUCAUCAUCCAAACAUAAGAGUGGAAUCGUUUUAAUCAUAUACUAUAUAUUUUCUCUUACGUCAAGCAAAAUGAUGAUUGUUAACAGCGAUAUCAUUGGAAUAGAACAUCAGGACGCUAGGACUUUCAUUGGUCUUUCUGUAACGAAAUAAUUUCACAUUACGAUACAUUUCGAUUUCAAAUAAUCUUAUCUGAUCUUUAAGAGUGAGUAUAUUAUCCAAUAGAUUUUUUAUUCGUUGAAAAUAAAUUUAAUUUAAACAAUAUUUUAUUCAAUAUAAUCAGCAAUAUUACAAAUACAACUGUAAAUAUGGGAUGGGAAAACAAACUUGGAGCUUAUAUUAAUUCCUUUCCCAAAAAUAAAAUUUGAUUGCAUAAAUACUCGGUGACUUUCUUGGAAAAACAUAUAACUGUGUAUCAAUCUAUUUUUGGUUUCUCCACAAAUUUAAGUUUUACAGUACAUGAUUGAUUGAUAGAACAAUUUCACUUACAGGGAGUUCCUUGUCAGUGUUAAGUAUUUUUUGUUACAGCUUACCCUGUUCAAACAUAUGUGAUUCUUUAGUGUUUAACAGUAUCCGAAUGUAAAUACACCUCAUGUCACAGAAUUUUUGGGGUUUCAUUGAUGCCAUAUAUAUUAUGGCAGCUUUGGUUUAGUUUCUUUGCAACAUAAACAUGUACAACCAAAUCAGUUUGCAGUUAUCAAACAAUUCACUUACUGUUAUCGUUUAUAUAGACAAAAGACCGCCACCUACUAGCGAUAAAUUAAACAUAAAACGCCCCCUGGUGGCAGUUAUUCGGUUUACUCUUCCUAAGACAUCAUUAUUGCAAAGCAAAGGAGAGAAUAAAAUUUUGAAAAAAA